UUCGCCGCUAUCUCGGGUUUUUCAUCAGGGUGACAUGGCCUCAGCUCCAGCACAGCAGCCCACCCUGACUGUGGAGCAGACAAGAGUGGUGCUGAGUGAGGUGAUCCAGGCCUUCUCGGUUCCAGAGAACGCAGUGAGGAUGGAGGAGGCGCGAGAGAGUGCCUGCAACGAUAUGGGCAAGAUGCUGCAGCUUGUGCUGCCAGUGGCCACUCAGAUUCAACAAGAGGUCAUCAAAGCUUACGGCUUCAACAACGAAGGAGAGGGUGUCCUUAAAUUUGCCAGACUGGUGAAGAUGUAUGAAACCCAGGACCCUGAAAUCGCCACCAUGUCAGUUAAACUGAAGUCUCUCCUCCUGCCGCCACUCUCAACACCGCCUAUAGGGGGCGCCAUCCCAGCUUCAUAGGAAUUAUUUACUACAAAUUGUUUGCAAGGUUAAUUUUGUGUAAUUCUUUGGGAAUCUACAUGACCAUACUGUAUUUUCAGGAUCCUGUCUACAGUGUAUCUGCCUUCAUGUGACACUAAGUAAAAUUUACAAUUUCAUGCAUUAAUGUUCUAUCAUGAAGAAAUUUACACUAUAUCUACAUUGUGGUUUAAUUUCCUCACAAAAAUGUUAAAUUAUUGCUUUUAAAAUGUUUUCAUUUGUUACUUGUUACACUUAUAACAUUUUGUUGUGUUAUUGAACUGUAAACAUUUCCUUUUGAUGCCAUCUUUUAUACCAUUUUAUAUGCUGUCAAGUGUUAUUAAUUGCUGUUCUUUCGUUAUGUAUUAAAAAUAAAGCUUUUCUGUGACGCUGUGUGAUGUUAAUGGAGAAAAAAGUGAGAAACCAUAACUUCCAUAUACAUAACUUUAUUAUUGCAAUAAGGCUUUGGCAAGAACUUCUUCAUAUGUUUACAUGUUUUUAAAAAUACUUAAGUGCUUACACACAUACAUAUGUACAUACACACAUCUCCUCAAAGGCAACUUCCUGUAUACAGUUUGGUUAAAACACUAUUCCAACAUAAAAUCUGAUUUCAUGUCUGCUCUUUUCUUCUGUGGGAUGUUUUAUGUUUGGGUGCAUGCAGACAUGAUGACAUCAUGUCAAGAGAUUGG